CUUGUGUCUGUGAAGCAAAAGCUGCGGCCUAGGCCUGCUUGUGUUGGUGCCCCCCCAUGCCGGCACGGAUGGGAUGGAUUCCCCCCGUCACAUCGCCCCAUCCCGCCGUACCCUUGCCUCGCCUGAGUUUGUUGGUCGGAGCUGCGACGCCUCCCCCCUGGCGCGGAGGAGCUGCUGGCUCAUAAAGAGGCACGAGCCCGGCGCGUCCAGUUCGUGGACCUAGUUGCCUCCCUCUUCCCCUUUUCUUCUCCGCAAGCUGUGACUGUCUCUCGUUAUCUUCACGUUCACAUUCGCUACCGUUUCACAAGAACCUUUGUUUUAAUCUCGCAUCAUUCGAGCUGCCGUAAACAUGCGCUUCGCUACCGUCAUCCUGUCUGGCGCUCUCGCCCUCGUCGCCUCGGCCCAGAGCGACACCACCGCCACGGCCGCCACGCCCACGCAGUCCAUCUCGCCUGCCCAGUCGUCGGCCGCUGCCUGCCUGGCCGCCUGCAAGCCUGGCGACGUCGACUGCCAGUCGCACUGCAUCACCGUCCCGUCCCCCGACAAGGACCAGGUCAACGCCACCAACAAGUGCGUUGCCAACUGCCCCCAGGGUAAUGGCACCAAAGCCGAAACCGAUAAGUACACAGAGUGCACGCAGAAGUGCAUCAAAGACAACUACUACGUCUCGUCGGUCGGCACCCCCAAGGCCACCGGCGGCUCUGGCGGUUCCGGCUCUGACAACAACGGCGGCUCCUCCUCGAGCGGCUCCGACGCCUCCCAGACCUCGGGCGGCUCGGGCGGCUCUGGCGGCUCCUCUGCCAGCGGCACCGGCGCCACGGCCACCCGGAGCGGCGGCGCGUCUGGAACCAACACGGCCAGCGGCGGCUCAUCCACGUCGACCGGUCUCGCGCCCAUGCUGACUGCUGCCCCUGCCGCCGUCGUCGGUCUCGUCGCUGCCGUCCUCGCUCUGUAAAUAAACCCCACGGAUUGGUUCUCUUGUUGUCUCCGCGAACCCCUGGAGGGAAGGGAAGGGG